AUGUCUUCUAAUACCAAUCUACCAUCAUUACGACGAAACGAUCUGGAAACCGCCAAAUCCCGCCGGUAUUCGCAGAAGUCUGCUCUAAAUGGCGCAAAUACCCCCGAUGUAGCUGCCGAUACUGCCUCGUGCCAUAGCGGAAUGGAACUCAUCACAUAUGUGUUUCCAGACUUCAAAGCAGUGGAGUACUUCCAGAAAGAAUUUGUGCUGGCCGAUGAGUUCCAUGUGGCGGAAAUCACCACUGCUGCGGGGUUUGAAAUCUAUUUGAUUGAUCAAUGGAUACGCAGUAGGAAGAUUGGCUCGUUUAUUUCCGUGUUCACAGGUAAUCACGAGUCCAUAGUCAAUGUGGUCAAAUUUACCGUUGCAAAGAAACCUGCUGAUCAGUAUCCGCCUCGCUUCCAAGAGUAUUUGAAUGAGUUGGUGCUAAAUCAUGCUACGUUCAAGAAAAUGACCCUGGCGGGCGACUCAGCAGGUCUGAGUAAUCCAUCUGAAUCCGAGAACCAGCUGAACGAAUAUUUGUUGGUCACAAAUCUAACUGCAUUUCCACAUAAUUUGAACUUAAUUGCUGUCACGAACGGCGAUUCUCGGCCGGCUAUACCGACGUAUAUGGUUAAUAGCAACCUCCGUAUGUUUCAUUGCGGUGGACGCUCAUUGUCACUUCUAUCCGAAUCUGUGUCUGAUGCCUGUGCUGGACGCUUCCGUCAAAUGUAUCGGGUUAAUAAUGAAUCGGUUCCCGUUGAUUUUGCAAUUUUGGAAUUGGUCAACUUGGUGCAGACAUGCUUGUUCUAUUUUGACCUACUUGACGCAAAGUAUGCCGAUGGCCUCUUGUGUCAGAAAACGGAAGAUGCUAUUCAAAAUUGGUGGAAUUUAAUUGGGCUUCCCAUCUUCAAUAUGAAGCCUGAUACCAGAAGUGGUGUGUUGUCCUCCAAGACUGUCUCUGCGAUAAUUAGUUUGACAGUAAGUGUCAAAUUGAGGCUUCAAAUGUUUGGAGGUUGUGAUGUACCUAAGGAUCCAUUCGACUUUGAGAAUUUUAUGUUGUCAAUUGGACAAUUCCAAAAGCAAACUGGACUUGACAAGAAACGCAAGUUGGAUCUUGUGACACUUCUGCGGUUGUUUCACUACACUAAUACUGGUGAGCAGACCAAACAGAUGUAUUCUGGUUUUGAUAGCGAAGCUAUGUUCCAAGACCUCAGCGAGCAAGCUCCUGGUCUUGGCUUGGCCUCGCCAAACCCUAAUUUAUCAUCUUUAUCUCUUCCCAAUGCUUCUGCGUAUCGAAAAAACAGGAUUCAUUAUUCAAAGGAAUUGAAGAAGCUCACUAAUGUGGUCAAGAAUACGGUGCAAGACCGUAUCAAUCCCAAAGACGAUACUGAUGAUUUAUUGGCAAGCUCACUAACCAACAAGUCAUCGAAUAAGCUCAGAAACAAAAUUGCUUCUAAACUCAAUGAUACAUUGACACCCGCUGAUGUUGAAACAACGGACAUAGACGUCUUUGUCAAAAAGAGCCUUAUUGGAAAGACUUUAGUGCGUCUCUGGAUCGGUUGGUCAUCUGCAAGUAAGGUUAUGAAUCAAGCAAGUAAAGAUGGAGAUUCUUCCACUUUGGUCACUCCGAGUCUGCGGAACCACAUUGACGGUUACCAUCACCACCACAGGCUUCUCUCUCAUCAUCAUCAGCAUCAUCACAGCUAUAAUCACAAUAAAGGAUCUGAUUUUACUUUUGUCAGUUUCCGUGAUGCUGUUUAUGCAAACCUGGCCUCAUUAAGUGGUACUCCACGGAAGCAUGGACGUCUCAGGUUUGGUUUUCAGAACAAAGCUCAGACCAAGAUGUCAACUUACGAGAAUUUUUAUGAGGACACUUAUAGUCCCCAUGAAAACGUUCCAGCAACUGAUGGAAGUUCGGUGAUCGCGAAUGCUCUCAAUAGAAAAGCUUCCGUUCUUACGGAAUCCAUCAACAGUUUCAAAGCAUAUACCAGUGAUUUAAAAAGUGACUGCUUUCAUGUUCUCAAUCGGAGAGGCUCUUUUCCUUUUAUAUGCUCAGGUCACGAGUUAGGUCUCAACACUAUUGAGUUCGUGAAAAGCAAAGAUGCUCAUGCAAAUAUUAGCUUAAAAAAGUGUGCAAGUUUCUCAAGUCUUGAGAGCUUGGUAAAUGCCAGAGUUGACCUAGUCAGUUCCGAGAGAAUACGCAUAAAUUAUGUUAAUCAGACAACCGCUAUAAUGGCCACUGAGGGUCGCAUGGUUUCGGACACAACUGCGGCUUCCAAAAGACUUGAGAAACAAUUCGAGCAGACAAAUUUUGAGUUGGUCAGACUUCAUAAUAUUUGCUAUCACAUGGAGCAAAGGAAAAAAGCGAUAGACAGUGAUCAUUUCAAUAUUUUGGAGGGAAAAAUGAAUGACUUGGCUGACAAUAUCGAUCGAAUGUCUUUCAGAGCUCGAGAUCUAACAAAGAAAGUGACCGAACUUGAGCUCAAUGUAAAAAACUUUGAUCAUAAAGUUGAGACUGGUGCAGUUGAGAAGCUUGACGCAAUGACAGUGAACAUAGUAAAUUCAGCCAAGUUCAAGAAGGUUUUCAAGGAUGAGCAGGAGAUGCGUAAAAUGUAUGCUUUACUUACCGGCAAAGAAUACGACCCGAAGGUAGAUGGAUCAAGCAAUGACCCUUGGCGGCUACAAGUAUUUGCCGUAUUUGUUUAUGAGUUCGUCGUUACUAUUCUUCAAUUUUUGAGAUUCGAUCGAUCGAGAAUGAAUCUAGAUCGGAUUCGAGAGCAGUACUACAAGAUUGAUCCGGGUCGAGAAUUUAUCAAUCGAAUGUACAAAAUAGUGGGUGCUUCACCUCCAGAACCGGAAAUUGUUAAUGUUGAGGCCAAAGAAGAUCAGGUUGAUGUUACCAAUGGGCAUUUAUAG